AUGCCUUUCUUUUCUCGCGCAACCCUGGUCGGUGGUUGUCUUCUCGCCUUGACCACGCGAGCAUACGGCCAAUGGAAUGGUGAGGCACAGGCACCUGGCGUCGACUUGCGCAUUCGAGCCCAGGUCUGUACUACGAUCAUCGUCACCAGCACUGGUGAAUGGUCUUGGACUCCCGACGCACAAGCAACUGUUGAAGCGUGGGGUUCACUGCCGUCACACAACGCAAAAACCCAUUCUGGGUUCCCUGGCUUCCUUGGAGAGUCAUCCACAAUUUCCUCGAGCGUGAAGCACUCUUCUCACGCCCCCAGCGGUCCAACUUGGUCCCACAAGAUCGGGACCUCUGCACCCGCUCCAGCUGAGCAAAGCAGUCCUCCGGUUUCUUGGGAGGAAUGGGAGCAGAACAGCACACCGGUUUCGUCAGAGGGAUGGGAACAAAGCAGUGCCCCCGACACGUGGGCGGACUGGACGAGCUUCGGAGAGGCCAGUGCAGGCUACAAGGACCCCCUGGGGCAACACUACCAUAGCUGUCACGUCUCCUAUUACGACAACCAUAGUCACGAUUCCCAGCACUACCACAACUACGACCACCACAACCACUACUACCACAACUACUACGACCACCACUACCACUACUACCACUACUACUGCUACACCUACUACGACAACCACUACCACUCCUACAACGACAACUACUACGACACCAACAACUACUACUCCUACUACUACGACAACUACUACUACUACCACUACUCCAACAACGACCACAACUACGACAACUACUACUAUUCCUACAACCACCACUACUACGACAACGACCACAACUCCUACAACGACAACCACUACGACAACUACCACUACUCCAACAACGACCACAACUACCACAACGACUACUACGACGACCACUACGACGACCACUACCACUACCACCACAACCACAACCACAACCACAACUACAACCUCCCCCUCCGAGUUGUCGAGAUCAACGGUGUAGGAAGGCUAGACUUGGUCUCGUCCGAGGCCGAGGCCAUCACCUUGACCUUCAAUGACUAUUGCAACCUGGUUGACACUUCCACUGGAGAUGAAGCAUACGUCACCACAAUACCCGAGUUGACUGAAAUCUUCCUGUUUGCACCGAACACUGCCAACUACUCCCCUUUGGUUUGCAGCGUUACCGCCGCCAACACGCUCGACUGUGUCCAAGGCGUGCGCGACUUUGCCACCUGCCCGGCUGACGGAAACCCUCUGUUCUACGAAGACGGCACAACAGCGGGAUGUGCCGCCAUUACGCUCAGCCUGGUGUAUGUGUCAACUGAGUCGGUGCCCCGGUGA